AUGAUGUACAUCGAUGCGUGCGCUCCAUCCUCUCGUUUCACCAUCAAACGGCGUGCAAUGUUCGAGGAGGACGGCGAUGUUGGUGCCAAGAUAAUGGCUGCAAAGGAUUUGAAGAGUGGCACUGUGAUUAAUGAAUUGUGUAGUAGGCUGGUGACGGUUAGAGAAUCAUUUUUGAAGCCUGGGCGAAAUUAUUUUUCUGUCGUCCACAGCAACUACAGUAAGAAGUCACAGUUAUGGUUGGGUCCAGCUGCUUACGCAAACCACGAUUGCAAAAGCAAUUGUGACAUUCGUUAUCUACGGAGCAGUGUGGCGUGCCUUUGUACCAACAGGCCAAUUCGUGUCGGUAAGGAGAUCACGGCUUUUUACAGGCAUCAUUAUAUUGAUGCAAAUAAUGUGCAUUGCCUUUGCACGACUUGCAAGGAAAAAGUGGAAGGUGCGUAUGGUAAUACUGAACUUCCAUUAGUAGCAAAACCGUUUCUGCAAUGUGCCCAUUGCCCUGCGAGGUUCCUAUUUAAAUCGUGGUUGGUGUGGCAUCUUUCGAGGUACGUGCACAUUGAUAAGUUUGCAUGUGAAGAAUGCGGUGAGUCUUUCAGCAGGAAAUCAUCGUUGAAGAGGUGA